CAUCGUUUUGUCACUUGUCAUGUGUCAUGUUAAUAUAAUGGGUAAUGGCUUCUUUAAGGCGGUGGGUGGUCGAAAAUUUUAUAGCUUACAAUUGAAUUGGAGGAUGUUGUAAUUGGUCACCUCUGUUAGAAUUGUAUUGAAACUAAAAUUGCUCUUAUAGUUAUCAUAUUUGAUUACCAGUAAUUCAGUUAUGUGCAGUGUUGAAAAAAUUUAAAACUUGUCAUGGAAGAUAAUGGUUCAUAGGAAUUUUACUGUAAACGAUAUUCCAAUGGUCUGAGAGUGUGGAUAAUCUAAUUGUCUGAUUUCCCACGGUCGAUAUGAAAAUAUUUUUGGUUUUCCAUUACUUGUAAUCGCCAUCAAACCGUUUACUUUCAACAUCACAAAAUGGCGCGUAAAGGAGACACAAUAAGAAGCAUCAAUGUUUCUGUUGUUGGUUUGUCAGGAGUAGAGAAAGACAAAGGACAUGCUGGUGUAGGUAAAUCUUGCUUCUGUAACCGCUUUAUGAGACCCCACGCCGAAGAUUAUAAUGUUGAUCACAUUUCGGUGUUGAGUCAGACUGACUUCAGCGGUCGUGUAGUCAAUAAUGAUCAUUUUUUAUAUUGGGGGGAAAUUAUCAAGACUUCCGAGGAAGGAGUCGAUUAUCAGUUUAGCGUUAUUGAGCAAACUGAGUUCAUCGACGAUGCCUCUUUUCAACCUUUCAAAGGAGGAAAAAUGGAGCCGUAUGUGAAACGCUGUGCUUCAACCAAGAUAACGUCGGCUGAAAAAUUGAUGUACAUAUGUAAGAACCAAUUAGGUAUCGAAAAAGAGUACGAACAGAGAGUUUUGCCUGACGGAAAGUUGAGUAUUGAAGGCUUCAUAUGCGUUUUUGAUGUUAGUAUUGUGCCAAGUAGGAGUAUAGAAAAACAAGUAGAAUUUGUAGCAGCCAUACUGAACAAUCUCAUCAAAUCUAAAAAACCGAUUGUGUUUGUUACGACCAAAAACGACGAUGCCAAUGACAUUUACGUCCGUGAAGCUCACAAACUGAUAUCAAGGAAUGAGUAUAAAAAUAGCAUUCCGCUGGUAGAGUCUUCUGCUCAUGAUAGCGUCAAUAUCGACAUCUGUUUCAUGUUACUCGCCCAGAUGAUUGACAAAACUAAAGUGAGGUCGAAAAUCCCUUCCUACAUGGAAGCAGCCAUGACACGAAAGGAAAUCAUGGAUGCUGCAAGUGAGGCUUUCAUGAGGUUAAUCAGAGUCCAUGUGACUGAUUACCACGCAUUAUGGUCUCAGACGGUAAAAAAACUGAACUCUCAUAAAGAAUGGAGCCACUUUGUGCAACUGUUCGGGUUAGACGGAACGCAGAGGUUGUUCCGGAGACACAUUAAAAAACUCAAAGACGAACAGAUGGCCAAACAGAUAGCACAUUACAUGGAGAUGCUGCCAGAUGUACUGCAUGAAUUUAUUCCGGGCUUCAACACCUUCACUGAUAUGGAUUGGCCGUCGAUCCAGCAGUAUCUCAAAACCCAUCCUAACUUCUCGCAGUAUUUCUUUGAAAGGCCCGAAGAUUUGCCGUGGUCGGAGUGUUUAGGGGAAGAUAACGAAGAAACUCGCAUACCUUUUGAUGUAUUGGAUACUAGCGAAGCAGAAACAGUUUUUAAAAACCAUAUCAAUUUACUGCAGCAAGAACAGAAGAGAUUGGAGUAUAAGAAGCAGUUCAAACAGUUACUUGAAGAUACAGGUUACGUGACUCCUGGUAAACAUUUAUCAGAAGUCAGAGUUUUAUUCAUGGGAAGGGAGUGCUUCGAGGCCCUCUCCGAACAUGACUGCCAACAGAUAUAUGAUGCGCAUCAGAGGGAACUGAUUGAAAAUGCCAAACAUAAUUUCCAAGAACUCCUUCUGGAGCAUGCCGACCUAUUCUAUCAUUUCAAGAGUAUAGCACCUACGGGGACAAUUACCCAAGACGACAUCAAAGAGAUCACGGAUGUUCUUCAGGAUGAUUUCAGAUACAAGAUUCUAGAUAGGCUUGACCAGGAUCGGAAGCUUACACUCUUCCAGCAUUUGGGUUUCAUACAUUACCCGAUCAGAGAACACUGUCCGGCAUUUCCUAACUGCCAAGAUGCGUUGAUUGAACGCAUUUUGGCCACCAAAGCACACCGACCCACUUCGUGGAAUCAUAGUAAUCAAUGGCUGAUAAGUUCGGACAACAAUCAACUGAACUUGCUAAUCCUGGGUUUCAAUAACUUGGCUGAGAAUUUUGCUGCCAAGAUAAGAACGCAGUGCGACGACGAUGAAUAUGAAAUCGACUGCCAAUUUUAUAAUUUGGACUACAGGAUCAUCAGCGGAGAUGUUAGUUUACCUCAUAAUUCGUUCAGAACGUCUGAUUUUAUUCCACACGGUAGUUUUUGCGUAUACUCCAACGCCGAAUCCUUCGAAUAUAUAAGAGAAAGUUUGGAGAAAAAACUAUUAUCUAACUUGGAACAAGAAGACAAAUUACCGUUCCAAGGUUUGCCUAUUGUUUUGAUGUUUCUACAGGACUCUUCCAUCGACGAAAAAGAAAUUUUGAGAUUGAGAGAAGAUGGGCAAAACUUGGCUGACAGUUUGCAGUGCCCUUUUAUGGACAUUUGCCUAGAUCAAGUGGCUGAUCAACAACUAGUUUCUGACGCCCUUCAUCAACUGGUACAAAGCAUACAUCACCGUGCCGGUUUUCUAAAUAUAAAUCAGUCUGUAAUAGAAUGUAUCGAGCCUGAUAUUCGGAUAAUCAUGUGCAUGUUUUGUGGGGAUCCUUACUCUGUUGAGAGUGUUUUGGGACCCCUCCUUUCGCACCAGUUCUGUUUCCUGUCGUCUGCUCACAGUAUCAUUCUUGAAACUUUUCUGGGCGACUCUAAAAGGAAAGUUGAGGUGAUUAUUUCAUCGUUUCACGGCGCAAAUGCGUUCCGAGAUGAGCUUGUCCACGGCUUCAUUUUGGUUUAUUCGACCAAGAGAAAGGCGUCUCUAGCAACUUUGAAUGCGUUUUCGAUGAACAUUCCUAACCUUCCAAUACAGAUCCUGGCUGUAACGGAUGAUGGCGGAGCCACAGCAUUCUUCAAUGAUGAUCUGAGUCAAAUGUUGAUAACUGAAGGUAAUUCAACUGCGGAUCGAUUGCACGCACAUUUCAUGACGUCGGUAUCGUCUAUGCAACACAAAACAGCUUUCUUCACUCCAUUCUUCAAGGAGGUUUGGGAAAAGAAACCGGAAAUUGAGCAAGCCUUCAACAUGGAAGAGCCUUCGGGCUUGGACAGUGGCGAAGGUACUCUAGAAAGGUCGAAGAGUCAAAGACACAGCCAUCCAAUGCCGCCACCACGACACGAGAGCUAUUAUCUUAAAUUGAAUGACGGAAGUGAAAGCGAAAACUUCGAGCUGAGCGGUCCAGAAGAAAGACUCAGUUCGAGCGAUCACAGCGACAAGUUUUCCAGUAUUUACAUGUACGGAAGUGAGGGUAGCGAUAAGAAGCGCAAUGUGCAUUCAGGGUUCCAUGUGUACCCUCCACCGGCAACCCCGCCCGAACCAGCACCUCCAGAUAACAUUCUAAAUCCUAGACACGGCAAAAAGCAACUUCUUUCGACUUCUCAAACUAGUUUGGACGAUAUGACUUACGGAGAUCACCCAAUGUCAAUUCCUGGCAGCGCGUGGAAUAAUUAUCACCAGCACGCCUUCACCACGGGUCGUCGGCAUGCUCCCGUCUCGAAAUCUAGGUCAAAGGGCGUUUCGCAAACUUUGAAGCAGCCUGGAAAACUGAAUAUGAAAAACUAUUCAGCUGUCACCGAAGCCAUCGCUAGAAUGAAUGUUAGCGGCGUCGAUAUGACUUCUUCGAAUUUCGGGAACGCUCCGCUUGCUACUCCCGAAGCCGUCGAUUUAGGUUGUGAGUAUGCGCAAGUGAAGGAUCUUGUUCACAAUAUGUAUCAGGGGCAUAGCCCCGAGUAUAUGUACACCAUGGUACAAGACGCGAUCAGUGGGAAGACUAAAAUAAGACAGAGGCGAGAAAAGGGCCAACCUUCGUACUCGGACACUGAUAGCGAGUGGAGCAGUCUGGAAAGAAGGCAGCGAGCCAGCGAGAUCUAUUCGAAAGUCAGUAGAAAGAGCGGAACUCACAAGAGGCAGAGAAAGAAAAGAACGGCCAUUCCAGUGCAGCCUCCUCGCGUCCCGCAACUCGGCUCGUUUACCCUACCCUCUGCACACACCCCCGUCUUAGAUCCCGAUGUUGAUAAGGCUAACAUAGUGACUGAAUCAAACUCUGACUCGUCCGAAGUCAGUGAAGCUGAACCGUUCCUACCCCAGAGUGCCGCCGACAUUCGCUUGAGAUUUUCCCAGCAAAAGCGCUCUCUAAGUUUGAAAAGGAGAAUACCGGAUGUGCCGAAUUCUCAUUUCAAUAUUCAGCUGAACUCCUUGGAUUUAUACCAUACGCAAGGGUUGAUUCACGACGAAGAGUCUAGCUUGGACGUUUCUUCUCCGCGAGACAAUAACUCCCCAAUGUUUGGUGUUUUGCCGAAGAUGAAGGAAUCUGAUAUGGAGAAACUCUUGAGGAAACGUGAGAAGCAAAAAGCGAAGGACGAUUCAAAGCUAGAGAAGCGUAGAUUGAAAGAAGAAAAACUCAGGAAGCUUGCUGAAGAAAGAGACAAGAAGAAGCAGUUGAAGUCCAAACAGAAAACGGCACCGACAAGCGGCGCUUCUUCGAAAUUGGCAGAUUACAUUCAAUCCGAUAAAAACUAUGUCCCUAGUUUCAUGGAGAAAUGUGUGAAGUUCAUCGAAAGCGAAGGGUUGGACUCCGAAGGGAUCUAUAGGGUUCCUGGCAAUAGGGCACAUGUCGAUUUACUCUUCAAUAAAUUUGAAGAAGAUUCCAACGUUGACAUUCACGAACUGGACAUUCCUGUUAAUGCUGUUGCCACAGCUUUGAAAGAUUUCGUUUCCAAAAGGUUGCCGCCGCUAUUCGAUCCUGAUGUGAUGACUGAAAUGGAGGAAAUAGCCGGCACCAGAAUGAAGCCCAUGGUCACGACCAGCGGGAACAUAGAAGUUAAGAACGAUCGUAGCUGUCGUUUAUUGGCGCUCAGAAGUAUGUUGGACAAGCUGCCUCCUAUAAAUUUCCAAGUUUUGAAAUUCAUAUUCCAGCACUUUGUGAAAGUCACUGAGAAUUCCAAGUUGAACAGUAUGGACAGUAAAAAUUUAGCAAUAUGUUGGUGGCCUACGCUGCUACCUAUCGAAUUCAGUGAUAUGGGAAGAUUUGAACAGAUGCGUCCUUACUUAGAAGACAUUGUUCAGACAAUGAUUGAUCAAUACCCAUUCCUAUUUUGUGGUAAGGAGGCUUUUGUUAUGGUUUAAUCGCUUUUUGAAUUACAAACCACGCACAAUUCGCUACCACAGCCUCUAUUAAUUGAUGUUUCAUCACUUAUCGUUGUUGAAUUUUGGAGAGGCCUUUUUGCUAUUAUUAAAAUGGGUAGGAUGUUCACUGACCGUUGUUAAAUGUGUGAUGAUACAGUGUAAUUUGUAUUUUUACAUUUGUCCAUUGUAUUUCAAAUUGCUAAAUGAUACUUUUAUAAACAAAAUGUAUGAACAAUGUUCAGUAAAACCUUAAAUGGGUUGUUGUGUUAGCAUAGUAAAUGUUAUAUAUCCAUUUCAAUUAUCAACGAGAACGUAGCGGAGCUACUCUGUCCAUUAUUGAAUUUAUUGAAAUUCAGUGAAGGCUCUCAGAAGUUUAGAAAUUGAAUGAAAUACGUUUGAUAUGUUCACAUUUGUGAAUGUAGCAAAAAUUGCGAAUGUAACUGUAUGAUGGUAGUGUUUUAGGUGUUAAGUUAUUGGUGCUUAGAAACCCCAGCUAUUUUUGUAAAAGGUGUAAACAGACAAUAAUGUUCGUACGAAACCAAAGUUGAUCCUUUCCUCAUAUUUUGCGAAGAUUUUAGAAAGACCAAUUUAAAUUAUUCCUAUACUUCUUCAAGUUUCAAAUCUACACAUCAGAUAAAUAAUUUUUUUAUAGGUUUGUAAGGACAGUUUUUAAACUGUUACUCCAAUAUAAAACAUAUAUUUUGUUUCAUGAGUUGAGUUAAUUGAGCCUCAAGUAAAUGCUCCAUGCAUUUUUUGGUGAACGAAUAUUAACAUUCUUGGUUAGUUGGAUGCUGAAAAUAAUAAAUGGGUUAUUAUAUGGAGGAAGGAAACCCACAAAAAUGAAAGACCUCAUCUCAGAAACCAUCAAUGUGGAAUCAAAUGUGCUUGCAUUGUUCUACAUAAGCCUACAAAAUGAAUUCUUGCGAGCUUUUUUUUAGUUUUCAGAACACCUAAAUAAAUAGAAAUCAAUUGAAAACAUCCAGGAAGCUUUUUUGUUACAGACUUGUGUAAAUUUGAUUUUAUUCAAGUUAGUCUUACGAAUCUCAAUGUUUCAUUAGAUGCAAGUUACUUUUUGUGGAAACAAGAUUUGUUGACCUCAAGUUGCUGCUUCAUUACUAAUCUUCUUUUCUCAAAGUAAAUGUCCUAUUCGUCAUUGACUUAUUUAUUCAUUUAAUUUUGUCGUUCAUAAAGAUCUAAAUAUUUGUCGAUACUUAUUCCUGACUAGUUAUAAACUAGAGCCCAAACACAAAGCUUUUAAGUAUUCAACACCAGACAGCGCUGUUUCGACCCAACAAAGGUCGCAUCAGAGGUGUUAGGCUGAACCACAAAUGCAACAGACCCUGAAGGACAAGCAGAAGUAGAUAAGGACGAUGCCUUCUCGCCUUUCAAAGACGCCAUCUGUUGGAUCGACAGAGAAUCAAUAUCAAACACUCAUAUGAAUUGUAAUAUCGUAAUUAUAUGAUGGAAUCGGCCGAUACUUGAUGAAAAUCCAUAACUAACGUAUUCC